UAAAUGCUCUUCAAAUUGAAUUGAUGAAGCGGCUGAAGACGUGCUCAAAAUUCCUUUUGGUGUUGGAUGACAUUUGGCCGAACGCUAAUGCUGAUUGGGAGGCGUUUUAUGCACCAUUGAAGUAUGGUCCUGAAGGCAGCAUGAUCUUAGUGACUACAAGAUCUCCAGUGGUUGCUACUCGUGUCACCACAGGCAACUGUAAGCCUAUCCAACUUGAAGGAUUGCCUACUGAUAUAUUUUGGGACUUCUUCAAAAAGUGUGCAUUUGGUAGAAAUGACCCAGAGUCAUAUUCUCAAUUGCAAGAUAUUGCUCGGAGCAUUUCUACUAGGUUGUGUGGGUCGCCUUUGGCAGCAAAAACACUGGGACGCUUGUUGAAUAUGAGCCUGACAGAACAACACUGGAGGGCUAUCCAGAAGAGUGAACUGUGGGAGCUACCGCAUGAAAAGAAUGAGAUAUUACCAGCCCUUCAACUGAGCUAUUUGUAUCUCCCAGAAGCGGUUAAGAGAUGUUUUGUAUUUUGCUCCAUGUUUCCAAAAGAUUAUAGCUUUGAAAGAGAUGAGAUAGUUGACAUUUGGGUGGCACAGGGCUUUGUGGCGCUAGGGGGAAGCAUACGUCCUGAAGAUGUGGGGAUCACUUACUUGGAUGAAUUGAGGAACAGAUUUCUUUUCCAAACUGAUCCGAUGUUCCCGAAUAAAACAAGAUACGUAAUGCACAAUCUGAUCCAUGAUACGGCAGCGUCCUUUUCUAUGGAUGAAUGUUUGGUGAUGCAUGAUUUAAGAAACCAGAACAAGAGCAGAAUGCAUAACACAGUUCGUCACAUGUCAAUCGAGGUGGAUGGUGAAUCCUUGACCAGAAUGGGAGACAUUCAACAUUUGAAUAAAUUGCACUCACUUAGGUUUGGAAUCAGAUUUAAUGUUGAAAUAACCUGGUUUAAUCAACUUUCCAACAUUCUAUUUUUGAGCCUAAAAGGUUGCAAGCUGGUAAAGCUACCCGAUAGCAUAUGUGAGUUGAAUAGUCUUCGUUAUCUUGAUAUAUCUCAUAGCAAUGUGCAAGAAUUACCCGGGAAACUCUGGUGCCUCUACAGCCUACAAGUUCUUGAUGCAAGUCGUUCAAGUCUGAAAAAAAUCCAUGAGGACGUAACAAAGCUAAUCAACUUGCGUCAGCUAGCACUGCCAUCGAGAGCUUCUCUCGCCUUGUCAGUGGUAACUGGGCUUGGAAAUCUAUCUUGUCUACGAAACUUGAGCGAUUUUAGAGUUUCAAAACAGAACGGGCGGGGAAUUGGUGAGCUGAAGUUCAUGAAUCAGCUCAGUGGAAAGCUUUCUAUCAGAUCUCUUUGUAGUGUUGGGAGCGAGGAAGAGGCUCUUGAGGCUAGACUUGUUGAAAAGCAAUACCUCAAGGAACUUGUUCUAGAUUUUCGACAGUCUUAUGCUAGUUUGUUGUGCAGUGAGAAUGGAGUGCUUGAAGGCUUGCGUCCUCAUUCAAGAAUUGAAUUCCUUAAAGUCAUUGGCUUUUGUGGUGAUAGGUUUCCAAGCUGGUUUAAGCCAGAAGAUCUAUCAACUUUAAUAACCCUGGAUCUUUCCAAUUUCUUUUACAUGGAAAGUUUACCAAUCCCCUGCUUUGCUGACGGAACACAAGUUGGUUUAAGGGGUGAUGAUGGAACGCAGCAUGCAGCCGGCAGCAUCAGUCGCAGCAAUGGCAUGGCGCCCUUUGCCUUUUCACGCCUCACUGGUUUUCGUGUUUACAAUUUAAGGAAGCUGACAAAUCUUGAUCAGUUCUUGACCCCAGAGAAACUGCCAUCCAUCAAGUCGAUAGAAAUCUGUUAUUGUCCGAGUCUAACAUCAAUACCGUUCCACAGUUUUGUGGGAUUUGUUUGCCUACGGGACCUGAAAAUCCGUUAUUGUGACAAGCUGAAGUGCCCACAGGAAAUGGUUUUGCCCCCCUCACUCCAGCGAAUCUGCAUAGUGUCCUGCGGUGAGCUGGACAAGUCAUUUCCAGCCUGCCUAGAGAACCUCACCUCUCUCACUCUCCUGCAGUUGGGUGCUUGUCGCAACAUCAAGUGCGUUCCGUUGAACUCAAUCGAAUCAAACAUGCUCAAAUGCCUGGUUAUACAUGACUGCCCGGAGUUGUCAUCCGUCGGAGGAUUGCACGGCCUUGUAUCCAUACAGCAUGUCGAGCUACGUUACUGCCCUAAGCUUACCGAGGUACAACUGCCCUUCGAGAAGAAGGAACUGCGGACCAAGGAGGGGAAGGAACUAAUCAAAUUUCUUUGGGACUAUUAUACGGCCGCGUCAAAUUAAGGGUGCUCCCGAUGACUGAUCAGUUCUGAUGCUCCUCUCGUGUGUUACCAGUUGCUAAUAAAACCUCCUGCUAUUAUAUACUGGCAGUAACAAUUGCUGGUUCUUUUGGUUCGCCUACUACUUGCAGGUUGGAUCUCAAGUUGCAACCGGCAGUCAGGCCCAGGCUUGUAGGGAUGCUCAAUUCAACGAGGACGAGGGUCUCCAGCAGUCUCUGUCAUGUACCUGCACAAGCGACCAAUCUGUCCAGUUCUCUCACCUGCUCACACUACGUUUGGGGCAGAAAACUGGAGGGCUGCCGGUGAGAGGCUAUCCCGCGGGCACAGCCACACCAAUCGGACAUGACCAACAUAUCCGCUUCCAUCAUGUCACUUAUUUUCAGGCCUCAAGUACUCGUCAAGGUAAUUUUUUCCAUGAACAAAUCGAGUGUACUCCUAGCUUUGUUGGCUCAUGGGUCUUUCUUUUACUCAGCACCCAUCUAAUCUCGUGAUGGUAUUCAUAGGGUAGUAUCUGUUUCAUAGGGGCAGCUUUAAGUUGAGCUGCUGUGCACAGGCCCAAUGAGCCCAUGGCUUUGCUGGAUCGAGUUUGGAUACAUCGGCUACUCUUAUUUGGGCCUCGCCUCAACUCUCAGGCUUCUUUCCAUACAUUUUCUCCCAUCCAGACACUUGUCCAAUUAGCUCUGUAUACUGUUAUCAGACCAACGUUGGUUGGAAAAGGAAAAUGUACAUGUGGAUGCAAUAUUGUCUGAUUAGUAAUACAACAAUAUUUACCCUA